AUCCAUUUCGGGCACCCCCGAAAUAAUACUUCAAAGCAGCAACCAACAGGACCCACGGCACGAUCUCCAAAACUGUCCACGCAUAAGGGAUAGAGGAGAUACCCUCCUGGAAACCCUGAGCAAUCAAGGGAAUAGGCAUUGUGCGAUGGUCAAAUCCGCAUCCAAACAAACAAGGGCAGGUACCGAACAAGGGCCCAGACCACAAAUAAGCUCACCGCCCAGUCUACCACCAUCUGCUUCGUCAGCGGGCAUGGACCCACUUAGCUAGUGCGUCGAUAAAUUAGAAUAACGGCCGCAAACAAUUUAAGUCAUUGAAUUCAGGACAUCGACCUCCCCCGAAACAAGACAUGACCUCCAACGAAGCCACCGACGAAGAUUACUUCCUCCCGGUAGAAAGCCAACGGCCCUUCGGCGCCGGAAUCCGUCGCAAGAAAGUCCAGUUCGUGCGGUCUUCGGAACAUGAUCUUAAUACUACCUCUACGCCGGCAGCGCAACCUGCCUCCUCGGGAACCAGUAUAGCGAAUACGUAUCUGUCGAUUGUUAUGCCGAAAGAGAAACAGGUUUCGGAGCCUGGUACGCCCGUUGGGCGUGUGUCUGGGGACGUGGGAAACUGUGAUGCGGAGGUGCAGUCGGCCCCGGCUUCGCCUUCUGCCGCUCCUCGCUGCGACGUAUGUAAUCUUCCGAUUGACGGGGAUGAGUCGGCACAUGGGGCUGUGAUGGCGGGUGACCGGCCGCAUGAGGCGUCGCUGGCGCAUCAGGUGUGCCUAUCGCAUUCGCAUCCGCCGUCGCAUUUGGAUCGGACGAGGCAGGGGUUGAGGUAUUUGGCUGCUUAUGGGUGGGAUCCAGAUAGCCGGUUGGGAUUGGGGGUUUCUGGGCGAGAGGGGAUUCGGGAGCCGUUGAAGGGGCGCUUGAAGGUUGAUACUGUUGGUUUGGGGGCUGAGGGUGAUGAUGAGGCGAAGGAGGGUGGUAAGGGUAAGAGUCGGGUGGUUGAGAGGCCGGCUAAGGUGCAGAAAUUGAAUGCAAAGGAGGUAAGGAAGGGAUACUUGGAUGCCAGGAAGAGGGGGGAGAAGUUGCGGGAACAGUUUUUCCAAAGUGAUGACGUUUUGAAGUAUCUUAGGCAGUAGCAGUUAGGACGGGUUUAGCGUUUGGCGUGAUUCAAAGAUACCCUUUUAUAUUUAUCUCUUUUUCUUUACAUAGAUGUGCUGGAUUUAAACGCUGGAGAGUAUGCUUCAGAGGGUACAUGCAUUAACUACAUACAGGGACAGAAGAUUAUAUCAAAAAGAAGACAGAACAGGAUA